UUCUCCGUGAUGGCAAACAAACGCAAAUAUGGAGAGACAGUGCUUGUACAAUCUGGAUCCACGCAAAUGGAAUGUGAUGCUGCUGGACAGCAUGCAGAAGACGAUCCAGAUGAAGAGUACAACAUGAAUCACGAGAAACGAGGUAGGGCCAUCAUUAUUAGUCAUGAGAAAUUCACCGCCUUGGAUCCACGCAAAGGCACCAACAAGGACCGAGACGAUGUAUGUAAGGUUCUGGAGAAACUAGGAUUCGAAGUGCGACAUUUGAACGAUCCCGAGAAAUCUACAAUCAAUGAGAAAUUGGAACAGAUUGCCAAGGAAGACCACACAAACAGUGAUUGCCUUGUGGUUAUAGUGAUGACCCACGGUGCUCCAGGUGUACUGUAUGCUGCAGACGGAGCCUACAACGUUGACGAACUAUGGAAUAAGUUCACCGGAGACUCUUGUAAAACGCUUCAUGGAAAGCCGAAACUCUUUUUUAUUCAAGCGUGUCGCGGCGUAAAAUUAGACAGUGGUGUACAAUAUGUUGAGGAUACGGUUGAUGCCAUCGAAAUGCAGCCAACUUCUUACUUCACUGUUCCCACUGAACCAGACUUCCUGGUUAUGUUUUCGACAUACGAUGGACACUAUUCUUUUCGUAAUCCAAGCAACGGUUCAUGGUUUAUACAAUCGCUUUGUACCGUGCUCGAAUCUUAUGGUCAUAAAAAGGAACUGUUGCGAAUACUAACUGCCGUAUCAGAGAAUGUAGCGUACAAUUACAUAUCGAAUGUGCCCGACAAAGACAAGUUCGAUAAAAAGAAGCAGAUACCAACCAUCAUUUCUACGCUUACUAAGGCAGUCUACUUUCGAUCGAAAUAAAAGGAGUGCGUCAUAACUAUGCCAAACACAACUAUAUUAAUUGAUCGAAAUAGUAGAUUCAACGAAAAAGUAUCGGAAAAAUAUAAACCACAACGAUUGAAAAUUCAACUGCUUUUAUAUUUACGUACAAACAGCCCAAUUUGCAUAACACUGUUUUUCCAAAAUAUUUCUUUUAUAACGUCAAUAUUAAUAAAGGCAU